CGCAGCGCUUCUCAGCAGGGAGAAGGAGAGAGAAAGAGCUCUCAAGUUCACCAAGAAUCAAAGCAAAACUGCUGCUGGACAGACUCGGGCAAUAGGCAGAAGUGUUUAUAUCCACAGGCUGCUCUAGCAUCUAGAGAUUCUGCAAAAGGAAAAGAAACCUCUUACCAUAUCCCAGCCAUCAAUCAUGAAUGAAAACCGCUUGGCUGUCGACAUUCUGCUCUUGUGUAUAUCCUGUGGAGCAAGUGCACUGGCAGCCUUUAGUCCCACUGCCUCUUCAUCUCUGCCAGCAACCAAUUUCACUGAUAUUGGCUCUGCGCCUUCAAAAUAUCUCACAGAGGCCGCAAACCUUCCCAAAACCAGACGGAAACGUGAUAUUUCCCAGAACGAUAUGCUUGCUUUACUUGAUUACCAUAAUAAAGUCAGAGGGAAAGUUUUUCCCCCAGCCUCAAACAUGGAAUAUAUGGUCUGGGAUGACACUCUUGCAAAGACGGCUGAGCAGUGGGCGUCCACGUGUAUUUGGGAGCAUGGUCCUCGCAGUCUUCUUAGAUUUCUGGGUCAGAACCUUUCAGUCCGAACAGGAAGAUACAGGUCCAUUUUGCAGCUGGUAAAGCCCUGGUAUGAUGAAGUGAAGGACUAUUCUUUUCCCUAUCCUCGAGACUGUAAUCCCAGAUGUCCCCUUAAGUGCUACGGGCCUAUGUGCACUCAUUAUACACAAAUGGUGUGGGCAACCUCAAAUAAAGUAGGAUGUGCCAUCAACACAUGCCAUAAUAUGAAUGUUUGGGGCUCAGUAUGGAAGAGGGCAACAUACUUGGUGUGCAACUAUUCUCCAAAGGGGAACUGGAUUGGUGAGGCCCCAUAUAAAGUAGGUGUUCCUUGCUCCAUGUGCCCUCCGAGCUAUGGAGGAUCAUGCAGUAGCAACAUGUGCUUUCCUGCUGUGAACUCAAAUUACCUGCACUGGUUCAAAUAAACACAGACAG